AUGGGAUCUUACAAUAGAACUUCUUUACAAAAUGCAGCGGAUAAUAGUAAUAGAGCUCCAAUGCCUUCUGCCUCUUCUUCUUCACAGCCAAUGACUGAUUCUAUGAUAGUCAACGUCAAAGACAUUAAUCCUUACUUUAAUAGGCAUGUUUAUUACAUAGCCAAUGUAAAGAUUAAUUUCAACAAGAAUCCGAUGUAUCAAGGUCAUAAAUAUGAAUUACAUUUCGAAAACAAUACGGAUGUUAAAUUAUGUGAAGAAGAUGGUUCUAUGUUAGAAAAUAUAAAGUUUCAAUUUGUUCCAUUAAAAGAUUUGGCAGAGAUUGACAAAGACAACAUAGUCGAUGUAAUAGGAAUUGUUAAGCGUUCACAUGAACUUGUCGAAGUUACUUCUAAACAAACACAAAAGGCUGUAAGCAAAACUUUGUCGGUAGCGCUCAAUUCGAUAUUGCUUGUGAAUCCUUCUAUUCCUGAAGCAGAAGAACUAAAAAAUUGGUUUCAAUCGGGUGGAAGUGAUGCAGAGUUUAAUAGCCUUACUGGUAGCGCAGAACAAACUAACAUCCCCAGUGUUAAAGAAGCACAAAAGCCAUUAGAAGAAAUUUUGUCUGAUAGAACCUUAGGACGUAAAGAUAAACCAGACUAUUUCACCGUUAAAGCAAUUGUUAUGUAUAUACAUAGUAAAGGAAAAGAUUUCUUCUAUCCAGCUUGUCCUAAUUGCAAUAAAAAAGUUAUAGAGUAUGAAAAUGCCUGGAAUUGUGGAAAAUGUUCCAAAUCAUUCGAAAAUCCAAUUUAUAGGUACAUGUUACCAAUUCGUGUCUCCGACAAUUCUGGUACUGUGUGGUUAACUUGUUUUGAUGAUGUAGCUAAAGUAGUUAUGGACUUGCCUGCUGAUGAUUUACGUAAUUUAAGGCUUAACAAUCCACUUGCGUAUGAUAAAUAUAUCCAAAAUCGAUUAUGGGAAUGUUAUAUUUUCAAAGUUCGCUCCCAACAAAGAAAUUAUAAUGAUAAAAUUACGAUAAAUUUCAUCGCAGUAGGAGCUGGUAAAAUCGAUCUUAAAGAAGAGGCAGGCAAUUUAAUCGAACAAAUCGGAGCAUUAGAAAAGAUGAUUUAA